UCGUGUUCGCUGCGCUGUGGAUUGUGCGCCACAGCAGACCAAGACCAGGGCAGACAGUUGUACGGCAGCUACAGCAUUUACUCUGUUACCGGAGGACGACUGUUCUCAGUCCCUGAGGUUCACUGCUGUUUGUGCAGAGUCCCGUAAACUGAGCCUGUACCUUAACGCUGGCGCAUCCCUGAAAAUACCCAGAAUAUUGUUUUUUUAAGGAACAUUUCGCGAAGUCGGUUGUGAUAAUCCCCCUUUUUAUUUUACCAAGAGACGCACAAAAGACGCACUCCCAAGUCCACCUGGAUAGCUGACAAAGCCGUCCGGUCCGGUUCGAGGUCCAGUGGGGAGAGACGGCGAGGAGAAGUUAGCGCGGAAGGCAAGAGCAAGAAAGAGAGGAAGACAGGAUGAAUCUCAAGAGUCAUUUGAUUUUCACCCUCUACACUAUUUAUGGGAUUCUUCUCAAAGUGAUGGCUUCAAAAGGCAAAGUUCGAGGCAUCAGCGGUCAGUACCCUCUGGUUCAGAACAUGACGGUGACAGAGGGUGGGACAGCGAACCUGACCUGCCGUGUGGAGUAUAAUGACAACACCUCCCUCCAGUGGUCAAACCCAGCACAGCAGACCCUCUUUUUUGGGGACAAAAAAGCUUUAAGGGACAACAGGAUUGAGCUGGUACAUGCAUCUUGGUCGGAGCUGACCAUCAGUAUCAGUGACGUCACGCUGUCUGAUGAAGGCAUGUACACCUGUUCUCUCUUCACCAUGCCCGUCAGAACAGCCAAAGCCUACCUGACGGUUCUAGGUGUGCCAGAGAAGCCAGAGAUCGAUGGCCUGAUGAAGCCUGCCAUGGAGGGAGACCACAUCACUCUGACCUGCAUCACUCAGGGCAGCAAGCCUGCCGCCGACCUGCGCUGGUUCAGGAAUGAAAAGGAGAUCAAAGGUGCCAAAGAGGUGAAUGCAAGCGGGAAGACAUUUACAGUACGGAGCUCUCUGCAGCUGCAUGUGGACAGAAAUGAUGAUGGAGUGGCCUACACCUGCAAAGUGGACCAUGUGGCACUCACACAGACACCACAGCAGGCCACUGAAGUACUGGAGGUCCACUAUGCUCCUCGUGUGGAGAUCAUCCACUCCCUUGCAGUCCCUCAGGAGGGCCAGUACCUAAAGUUGGAGUGUAUGUCCAAAGGAAACCCCCCGCCGGAUCCUGUGAUGUGGACAAAGGACGGGGGUGAACUUCCUGACCUGGACCGGAUGAUCGUAGAGGGGAGGGAGCUCACCUUUACUUCACUCAACAAGACAGACAAUGGCACCUACCGCUGCGAAGCUAGCAACCACCUUGGGACCAGCAGUGCUGAAUAUGUACUCUAUGUCUAUGACGUCCCCACAACCCUGCCUCCAUCCACCACUCCCCCCCUACAUCCCAUCCCUCCAGAUCCUACUGCUCUAUUAGGCACCCACGCCUCAGACCCCACAGUCACUGGCAACAGAGAUCCAAACGCUGUGGGGCAGCACGGCACUGACCAUGCCUUGAUCGGAGGAGUGGUGGCUGUAGUGGUCUUUGUCACCUUGUGUUUAAUCAUUGUCCUGGGAAGAUACCUGGCCAGGCAUAAAGGAACAUACUUGACAAACGAGGCCAAAGGAGCGGACGAUGCGCCCGAUGCCGACACAGCCAUCAUCAACGCUGAGGGCAACCAUGCACACGCAGAAGAAAAGAAAGAAUACUUCAUUUAGACUGCAGAGGAGCUGUGCAGCUCUCUCCUUCCCCUUUCCCCCUCUUUCAAUCUCUGUAUCUCUAUUUCUCCCUCUCUCUCUCUCUCUCUCUCUCUCUCUCUCUCUCUCUCUCUCUCUCUGUCUCCCCCUUUUCUUCUCCACCUCUGACCACUGUUCCCGUCGUGUCAACGAGGAACCCGCAGGCAGUCCACAGACAGAGAGGUUCCCCGAGUGUUUUCCUAUUAUUGCCUUUUUGUUAAGCCCAUUUCUAUCAUUUACAUCUCGUCCUUUAUUUUGUUCUUUCUUUCUUUUUUGGCAGCCAGUGUUCACAGGCAGCUUGCCAUUGCUGCUGAAGUUGUCCCCUUUCUCAUAUUGUUCCUCAUGUUUGACAUGAAUGCCUGGAAGUCUGUAUAUCUACCAUGACUGCUUCUUACAUGGCCCCCUGUUCAUCCUCUCUCCUGUUUUCCCCCAAGCAGACACCCAAACACAUAACUAUAUCCCCUUUGUUCACACACAACCACAAACACAUAUCAUAUCUCACAUCAACACGGUGCCUAAAAAUACAGACGCCACUGAACUUCUGUCAAUGCCUUCAUGUAUCGUCUGUCAGUAGCAAUGUAAAUGCUUCGUAGAUGGUUAACUCGACCAUCAUUUCAUUGCUUAGCUCACAGCUUUUGAUUAUGCAUCGCGUCUUUUUUAUUUGAAUGAAAAAUCUUUGCUGUUUUACGCCUUAUACAUGUCUAUCACACUGAAUAUGGUACUUUUAGAUGAUCCACCUCCCCCCUACCCCAUCCCCUCUCAACAGACUUGUAAUUAAAACAGUUGACCCUUGUAAGAUAAGAAGAAGGUUUUGUGUAAAACUGUAGCAAGGUUUGUCAGAUAAGUAUAUAAUAUGAUUUUCAUUAUUAGGGUAUGGGUAAUAAAGGCUACUGUGGUAUUGUUUAGAGCAGAGAAUACACAAAGCAUUCCAUCAAAUAAACUCAAUCAAGUAUAUCAAACCAUUUGCUAAAUCUGCUGUCCCUAUGUACUUUUGUCUGUAUAUCCCUGCACUGUCCAGGCUGCAGUUUAGCGAAACACCAACACCUUCAGUGUCCUCUUGACAGCUUACGUAGUUUGUGAUCCACAUUAAGGGUUCAGGUGUACAGAAAGAGUCAAUCUCCUCUCUCUAAAAGCUGUAUAAAUUGUACUGAAAUGAGUUUAGCUUUUCACUUUGAAUUAUUUUGUUUAUGAUUAUGUCACAUUGGAAUAAUAUUAAGGCUGAAGGACCCCAUGAAAUGUAAAAUUAAUCAUUAGGAGUUAAUACAGACAAAAACAGGUACUCAGUUACAGUAUGUACAGGCAAUUUAGUGUUAAAUUAGUUUUCCUCACUCUUUCACUAAUGUCAUUUUGAUUGAUACCUCUUGUGCACUUGGGGUCCAGGCAGCUUUCCACAGUGGUUUGUACACACAUUUCUGUUCAUUAAUUGGCUCACAGAGAAGCAUCCAAUCAUAGUAUUACAACGGUAUCUACAAACAGUAAUAACAUCAGGUUGACUACAAAUCCUUUUUUGUUUGUAUUGUCACCUCCAAAUUUCUGUUUUCCAGUUUCUAACGAUGGAGUUAGAUAUCACCAACAUGUUGCACACUCCCAUGUCUUAAACUGCAUAAUUUCUCUUCUUAUUUCCAUUUUGUCAGAGUCAUUCUCCAUGAACUGAACUUUGAUUUCCAUUUCAUGGGGUCUUCAAGCAAGAGAAAAAAGGGAAAUAGUGUGUGAGUGCUGGGUCAUAGAUCUGCAGGGGCCUCCUUUCCAAACCUAAAAAACUGACAAAUAGAGAAGCACAAUAAUGUCUGAAUGAGUAUGUAUUCCUUUCCCAACGACUAGAUCGCCUUGGGAUGGUUCUCCUAUUAAAAUGGGUGGUGAAAAGCUGACAAGGCUGUCUUUGAUUCAAUUCUGAAAAAAAAAAAAACACAGCUCAUCUUUUUGAAAAUGUAAGCUAAAUCAUGUUUUUUAGAAAAAUGAUGUUUCUAAUAUUUUUGGUUUAAAUGGUUCUAAGCUCCCCGCUGUAUAUUGUGUCUGCUAAAAUGUGGUUGAUUGUGAAAAUUGCUGUUAAAUUCUGGAUUCCCAUAUUCCUUAAAAUUUGUAUAUUAGCCACCUUAUCUAUUUGCUUUUUUUCAUUUUUGAUUGCAUACUCCUUAUUAGAAAACUUUGAAACAAGUGUAUUUUGUUUUGGCACAAGGCAUGUAAAUAAUGUGUGAAAACUAAACUUUGGUAAUACACAUUAGCAUGUUUUUGUUUGGUUCUUUUUCAUGUUUAAUUUAUUUCAAUUGAAUUUAUUUAAGAAAGAACCACAAUGGAAAUAUGUUUGUAACUUAAUAUUGGAGAACAGUGGCUUUGUGUGUUUGUGGCAUGCUCUUGGGUGCUACAGAACUGAAGGAUUUGGUGUUAGGGAAAAUAUGAUAAACAACGAAAGAAAUUUACAAAAUUAUCUGGACAAAUUGUUAGCCUUUUGUCCACAGAAAUAUGACAAAAUGUGCAUCUGACUUCACCAAAUCCUUCAAUUGGAAUUCAAAGGCAUUAAAAGAAGUUUUACCUUCAUGUUGGAGGCAAUGAAAGUUUCACACACUAAAAGAAACUAUCCUAGUAAACAACUUCAGUUUCUUUUCAUAUAUCCCUGCCAUUUGUCUUUCAUCAGUUUGCAGGAAUUUGGCUGAUUUACUCUCCUGUGAAAGAACGAUAAACAUGUGGCCUCUGGAACUAAAGACCUAAAGACAAGGCACUAAUCUACUAAGAGGGAGCAAAUUAUUACCAAGGGCAAUAAAAUAGUGGGCCCAGCUGUCUCCAAUUCGAUGGCCAAUUUACAACAUUAUGCAAAUAAGGUCAGCAAGUAAGGUCUUUUUCUGUGUGUGUUAUAAGUCAAGCACUGCUGGAGUGAAUCACUAGUUGGGAAUCAUUAGAUUGAUCACCUCACAUGUAGAAAUGUAGGUUUUAUAUGAUUUUAAAUGCAUUAAUUAUUAGUUUUUAAAAUGCAUAAGCUUUGUUAAAGUUUCCAUAUUUUACAAUAUCAGUGCAGUUCAACCAAUAGACCACGAUUUACAGGUUUAACUUCAGCCUCACCAUGAACCUUCAGUAGGUCCAGACUAAAGUGUUCUAGACUGGCUCUGGUCUUUAGAAACCUUCUGUAUCACAAGUGUGUAUAGAUACAUUUAUCACAAUGAUGUAAUGUCUUGUUCUUUUUUUUUUGUUAUUUUCUAUGUAGUUAUUUUUCAAUGUGUCUUAAAUCAAUGACGGUGUCAAUCAAACUUUCGAUUUUCUCUACGCUUGUGUAUCCAUCUGACAAAUAAGAGAGUGGUCGAAUCAAUUUGUUGAUUCUGAAGUCAGAAAAACAGGCUGUUUUAUAUUAAAUGAACACUCAUAAAUAACCAGGUCUGCUGUGAUGAGUUGGUGUUUGCAUUAGAAAUGAAACAGGUGCCAUUUACUGAAUUAUGCACUCUGACUAAUUUGAUGGAUACUUCUUAGUGAAUGGUGAAAUGUAUUUUGUUUUGUAAAUAUUUGUUUUGACAUGACAGUAAUGAGCUAAUUUGUUGCAAAUGGCUUUUUAUGAUAGUUAGACCAAACCUGAAUCUUUUUUUAAUUUGUUAUUCUAACAGCCUGGCACAUACCAUCAUGCACUAUUUUGCUAUGACAGAAUCAACUGUAGCUUGGGGUCAGUUAUUAGUCGUAUUUCUUUUUUGUUGUCGGUUGAAACUAAGCUUUAAACUUGUUGCCUCCUGGUUUUCCAACAUAUAUCAGUUAACAUCCAAUAGAUAAUGGGCCUCUAAUUUCUAUCUAAAAAAAAAGAUAGUAAUAGCACUAAUGUAGUUGCAGCGACGUCUUAUUUGGGCAGAAGUCCAUUUUUUUAAUUCAUCUCCAUUUGGCUCAAACGAACCCACUUUCUUUGACUAAAGGUGGUAGUGGUGCAGCUGAGGUUUUGUGUUUAUGCAGAUCAGGCAGUGCAGUACUGGCAGUAAUUUUGGCAUACUUGUGCACAAUUUUGUGAACAAUUUUCAUUUUGGCAGUUUUGUACAGGUACCGACCAAAAAACAUUCAUGUAUGCAUAAGUUUGAAUGCUCAUUAAUUACAUAUUUAAUGCGAUUGAAGCAGUUUAUAAUGGGUUCAAUUAAUGGGAGAUUUCCAGCAGUACUGUCAUUAACAACUGCUUGUACAUCGUAGUAUCGUUUCCUUUCAGGUGAUUAAACCUGUAGCCAUCAGCAGUAGGAGUCAUAUGUGUGUGUUUACCUGUAUUAGGCAACAGACAGUAAUGACAGAAACACAUUUUAAUAUAUUAUAAGUUAAUGUAGACGUUGACUAAGUGCACUGAUAUAAUUAUUUUAUAAAAUAACAUAUAAUUUCACAACAUUUCAGCUAGUCCUGAAAUGUAAAUUAAUCUUAAAAAAGGGAGAAAAUCCUUGGACACAUAUUUGGGGAGCUGUUUAUUCGUGCCUUGUGACUCUGCACCUCCAGUUUACUCCUUUACCCUCCUCCCGCCUGUCUGCUUCUUUUAAAGAGGGAUGAGACGAGCUGAUUGGUGAUUGUUGAAGCUCGUACAAACUGCAUUAUGUAUUCCAUCAUGCUACAACCUUUUCAUCCCACUGUACUACCCCAGGAGCACCUCUGGUCACAGAAUAUUGCAGUUAGUCAGGCACACACAUUUGGCUCCAAGUUUGCCCUGGCAAUUGUAUCCAUAUUCAAGAAAUUAGAGGCCCCUACCAACUAAAAACUCAGAAUCCCUGAUUAAAAAGGGAUGAAUAAGAACGUAAUGGCCACUUUGAGUCUAUCCAAAAUCCUUUUCUUUUUCAACUGGUUUAUAUUUUGUUUUAACUCGUGGUUUUGUUGGUUCUAUUCUUCAUAGCAGCAAUGAUGGCAUGACAUGGCCCAGUCCAGUCCUAUCUCUCCUCCUCUGACCUUUCAUAUGUCUUUGCUGUACAGUUUGGCUUCAGUGCACUUCUUUGUUCCUCUGCAAUAUUGACACUAGUAUCAAUCAGUCCAAUCUCCAAAUUGUCACAAUGAUGACAGCAACAUGUGACACAAUCACAUGAAGUGAUGUUUUGAUCUUUUAUUUUGUUUUUGAUUAUAUGAUUAUGAUUAUAUCUGUUUCUUUUGUUUUGCAUCUCAGGAAUAUAUUUCAUUUAGAGACUUUUUUGUUUGUCUGUUUUCUGUCUUAAAACGGGGACUCAUGAGCAUUCCCACUCUGCAAGUCCCAGAAUGCUGACACCAUGUAUUUUGUUGAGUUUAAGAUUAUCACAAUGUUAAUAAAAUUAUUCAGUGAUUCUUCAGUAAUUCUGUCAUCUUGCUGUCAUUGGGAUAUUAGACUUAAGAAAGAGUUUUUUGAUAUGAUCACUGACUUGAAAUACUGAUUUAGAAAUAUGCUGCAAAUAAUCAUGAGUUUCAAGAAUGAUAGAAGUUGUGUUCAUACACGAUGUUAUCUAAUUUUAGCUUAUGGUGUGUAAGCAGUUCAAUGCUUUUGUUCUCUUUGUAGCAACACAUCUUUAUGUAUAGCAGUCAGUCACUCACAAAAUACAGAAUAUCCACAGUAAAGUUCAGUAAAGAUCAGGAUUAGAGCUAGACACAUUAGUUCAGCUUCUGAUGUACCUUGGUGAAAUAAGAGGUUUCAUAUCAAGCUGUACUGAGAGGGCUUGAUUCAAUAUAUUGCACCGUAAUGGAGGUGUUUUUCUCCCAUUGUCUGUGGGAUUUAUUAUAUUUAAUUUAGAGGUUUGUUCUCAUGUAUGAAAUAAAAAUUGUUGAAUAAAUAGUUGCCAAAACGC